UGUCAAACACAGGACUUUGAAAAAAUCUUAGGGUUCAUGAUUUAUUUGUUGACAACUUAAGGCCAACAGUGUUUUUAAGCCGAAAAAAAUUGUCAGCCGCGGAAUCAUUCAUCAAAUGACGAACUGAAACCAAUGUACUACCGAUUUUUUGUACAUUACCAUGCAGCAAUUCUGCAGGUCUAGUUCAUUAGCUGACGGAUCUGACGAUUUGGUUCACUUUCGCUUGCGUUGCUUCUCUGUCUUCUCUGUGAUGGGUGUGGGUGAUUGAAUCAGAGCAUUUUUGAUAGAUGAAUCAGCCCGAAUUUCCUCUGGGAGUUGUACUUCACUGGCCUGACUGAAAGAUAGCUACUUAAUUGCCUUAUCAUGGACCCUACAAGGAAGCCUUCUGGGCUAAAGCCUCCAAGCAGACUGGUGAAACCCACUGCUGGGCUUCCAAAGCAGAAUGGUGACUCUCAUCACCCCAGCUGUGCCCAGGCUCAGGUCCCCGAAACUCCCAGGAAGGGGUCGGACGCCUCCAUCCUGACCACUGACACAGCCAGUUACCGAGUGGGCGACAGGGUGUGGGUGAGUGGAAUGAAGCCCGGGAGGAUCAUGUACAUUGGAGAGACUCAGUUUGCACCCGGUGAGUGGGCAGGAAUCGUGCUGGAUGCAGCGGAUGGGAAGAAUAAUGGUUCAGUGGCUGGUGUGCGCUACUUCACAUGUGAACCGAACAGAGGCAUCUUCUCAAGGCUGACAAAGCUUAGCAGGACUCCUCUGGCGGGCGCUGAAAGUGAGCUUCCCAAAGAGGGACCGUCCGUGCCUGGAUCGAGACGGUCCUCCAUCGCAAUGGGAGUUCGCUCUGGCGGCACAUCGGUAAAAAGCCCGACAGAAUCGUUCGUCGCGUCGCCCAGCGAGGACCUCGAGAUCGGCGACAAAGUGAUCGUGUCCAGUAGCUCCGGAUCAAAGACCGGCUUUCUGCGAUACAUGGGGAAGACUGACUUCGCUGAUGGCCAUUGGGCAGGAGUCGAGCUGGAAACACCUUCGGGAAAGAACGACGGCAGUGUGGCCGGCAAGCGCUACUUCUCGUGCCGUCCCAACUACGGUCUGUUCGCGCCUGCGCACAAGGUUGCGAAGCCGACCCGGCGCACGUCACAGAAGAUGGGCGUCCAGUCGUUACGUCGUUCCACCUCUCGCGAGUCUCUCUCAUCUGUCACAAGUCACGCAUCGCGCGUGUCGACAGCUCGUGCAGCUGCGGCCACUCCACGCAUGCGUGCUGCUAACGCAGCGGCGGCCUCUCCUAACCACGCACUGCAGAAGGUGCUGAAGGAAAAGGAGGAACACAUCGAGCAGCUUCUGCGCGAGCGCGACAUGGAACGCUCCGAAGUGGUCCGUGCAGCCAGUCUGGUCGAUGACAGCGAAGUGCGGCUGUUGGAGGUGCGUAAAGAACACCAGCAGCAGCAGGCCGAGGCGGCAGCCGUGCUGGAACGUCUGGAGGCGCGUGUGGCCGAGCUCGAGGCCGAGCGAAGUCAACUACAGCACGAAGCAGAGGAUGAACGUCACCGCGCCGAAGAACUUCAGUUCUCUGUCGAAGAAGCGAGUAUCACUCGUACCGAGCUGGAGACACGCUUGGCUUCAGCAGAGGCAGAGGUGACCCAGAAAACUGAAGAGCUGCAGGCGGCGCAGAGCAGGGCAGACAUGGCCAGCCUUCAAGCAUCAGCUGGUGGAGAUGCGACCCGCCUGGCUGCCGAGCACCUUAGUCAGCUGGAAAAACUCAGGGCAGAGAUGAGCGCUGGGAAGGAGGAGGCUGAGAAACUGCGUGCCACGCUGGCUGAAAAGGACCGCUCUUUGGAGGAGCGCGCAGCGGAGCUGGCGUUACGGGAGAGAGCCGAACAAGUGGCUCGCGAGGAGGUGGCUCUUCUGAGGAACGAACUUGAUGAGCAGCGAAGGCGGUUUGAGGAUCAACGCGCUGCUGGAGACUCCAAGGAUGAGGAGGCGCGACGACAGGCUUCCGACGCCGCUGCGCUCAGGGACUCUCUUGCCGCUGUUGAAAAGGAAAAGUCCGCUGCGGCGGUGGAGUUAGAGGCAGCGCGCACGGCCGCCAAAGUGCGUGAAUCGGAACUGCGCGCUCUCGUCAAAGAGAAAGAUGAGGUGCGACUGGAGGCUGCUCGUGCUGCGGCGGACAUCAACGAGAACAUGCAGCGGAUCAUGCAGAUGAAGACAGCCGCUGACGCGUAUCGCGCUGAGACGGACUCGGUGAUCGCCUCGCUGGAGAAGAAGCUGACAGAGGCGGCGGAGCAGCAGAAGGCCCUCCGCGACCGAUUGGAGGAGCGUGAGCGCCGCCUGGCAGAACUGCAGUCCGGCGCUGAUGAUUCCUCUCGCCAGUACCAGGCAGAAGCGGAGGAACUGCGGAAGAAGGUCGCCGAAGAACAAAAGAAGGUCGAAGAGGAACGACGAAAUGUCGAGGAGGAACGUCGAAAGACAGAGGACGAGCAGCGACGAGCGGAGGACGCUCAGUUUGCUGCUGAAGAACAGACCCUGCUGCGAGCCGAGCUGGAAACACGCUCGGCGGAGCAGGCUGCGGAGCUCGACAAGCUCCGUGCUGAACUCGAGGCAGCGCGCCGAGGCGCUGAGGAACUCCGUGCAGCAGGCUCUAGCGAAACCGCUGCCGUGGUAGAACGUCACGCUGCCGAGAUAGCCGAGCUGAACGCCAAGCUGAAAGAGCUGCAGCAGUUAAACACAGACCAGGAGGAACUGAUCCACGACUCCGCCGGUCAGCUGGAGACGACGGAGAAGCGAGUAGCGCAGCUCGAAGGGGAGAUCGCCGCGCGUGACCGUGACGGAGAGGAGAUAAAGCAGCGUGUUACCGCUCUGAAGGACUUUGCUGAUGGGAAGGCACGAGAAGUCACGGCACUUGCGGAAGAGAACAAGCAGCUGCUGAAGAGGGUGGAAGCGAGCGCGGCGGGGGCCUCAAAGGUCACUGAGGAGCUAGAGAAGCAGCUGAAGGAAGCUAAAGCGAAAGCGGCGGAAUCUGACGAGAUGUGCGAGUCGUUAAGGAAGGCGGAAAGAGAUGUAGCGGAGAAAUUGGCAUCAUCUGAAGAGAAGUGUGGCUCACUUGAGCAGCAAGUCAAUGACUUGACCGAGAAACUGACAGGCGUAGAGACUGAGUGUGCCGCGCUGAAGAAAGAAAUGAAGCAGGUGUCUGCAAAAGCUCAGGCUUCUGAAGAAGAGUGCGAAUCCCUUCGUCAAAAGAGCAGGGAUUUGGAAGAAAGGCUCGCUUCUUCGGAAAAGAAGUGUGGUGCACUUGAAGUAUCUAACAACGAGCUUACCCAAAAGGUUGCCUCGGCUGAAGAAACAGUUGAUUCGCUCAGGAAAUCCAAUGACGAAGCCUCAAGUAGACUUUCGUCUUCAGAAAAAGACAAUGAAGCCCUUCAAAAGACCAUUGAGGACUUGAACGCGAAGCUGGCAUCUGUCCAGAAGAGCUGUGAUUCGUUUAAAGAUCUGAACGCCGAAUUAGCUGACAAGCUCAACAAGGCGAAUGAUACCUGCAACGAGCUGAGCCAAAUUAAAGAACAACUCACUGAGAAAGUAGCGGCUGCUGACGAUUCAGUUGCCACUCUGCGUAAGGAAAACGACAAGUUGUCUGCCGAGCUGAGUGCUGCAGAAAAGAAAUGUGCAAUGCUUGAGAGCACCAACAGCGAUCUAACUGCCAAACUCAGCGCAGGUGAUGACACGCAUGGCUAUCUUCAGAAGGAGAAUGUCGCCCUUACAGAGAAGUUGAGCUCGGCAGAAGCCAGUGUCGGCUCGCUACAGAAGGAAGUACAGACACUGAAUGAACGACUUUCCGGAAUGGAGGAGGCGAGUGUCGCUGCUCAGAAGUCAAACGAAGAGCUGUCGAAGAAACUGCGCGACUCGGAAGGCAACUGUGAUUCUCUGAACAACGAAAAGAAGACGCUGACUGAGCGUCUUGUUGAUGCUGAAAAACGAUGUGAAACACUCCAAGAAAGCAACAAAGAAUUGACCUCUAAGCUCCUAACCGGAGACAAAACUAACGAAAGUCUUCAAAGUGUACACAAUGAGCUUGAAAAGAAGUUGGAUGAACAAGCAAAGGCCUUGGAAGUAAAGACGUCCGAACUAGCAUCACUGUCAUCACAGGUGUCUGCCCUCCAAGCAGAAUCCAAACAAUCCUCAACCGCUCUGGCCGCCGCCGAGUCUGAGCUGUCUGGCUUGAAGUCUGAGAACGCGCGUCUUCUUCAGCAGGUUUCAUCAGGCGAGGACUCUCAGAAGCUCGCGGAAAGUUUCCGUACGGAAAUCGCCGAGUUGAGAGCUGAAAUCGUGCAAAAGUCAGCUUCUCUGUCGUCUGCAGAGAGCGCGAAGCAACAGGCGGAUGGUCAAGUUAGCGAACUGACUGCUCAGCUGAAAGAGUCGCGGGCUGAAGCAGCUCGUGUGGAAACUGAGCUGAAGAAGCUCCAGCAAAGCUCAGCCGACAGCUCCGCGGCGGCCAGUGCUCAGGAGACGGAGCUUGCAGAGCUGAGAGAGCGUUUGUCUCAAGUGGAAAGAUCCACGGCUUCAUCGUCACAACAGCAGGAGCGAGCGCUGGCAGAACGCGACUCCGAGCUUGUGGCCGCUCGCGGGGAGGCCGAGACCUCCCGAGCCGCUUUGGCUGAGCGGGACAGCCAGCUGCAGCUGCUUCGGGACGACAACCGGCAGCUGCAGGACCGCUGCCUCCAGCUGACGCGCGAAGCUGCUGCUGCCGAGGAGGCCCUCCGCAGCCGCCCCGCGGAGGUGCCUCCUCCGCCCGCGGCGGCAUCGACUCUCACCAAUGGCGCAGCCGACCCCACCGCGCAUGUCGACUUCCUCAACAGUGUCAUCGCCGAGCUCCAGAACAAGAACGACGAGCUGAAGCGGCAGGUUCGCGUGCUUGUCGUUGGCGACGAGGACGACGACGAAGCGGGUGCGUCGUCGCCGACGACUCCAGCACGUCCUGCGCAGCCGCCGCCGCGUCUCUGGUGUGAUAUAUGUGAGGAGUUCGAUCGCCAUGACACCGAGGACUGUCCUACCCAGUGCAGCGAGCCGCCGGAACCGAACCCGAGCCGGCACGGUGGACAGAGGGGAGUUCGCCGCCAGUUCUGCAUCUCCUGUGAGAUGUUUGGACACUCCGCCGCCGAGUGCGACUCAGGUGAGACGUUCUAGUGGCGCGGUGAGACAUUUUAGUGAUGUUUCAAAGAAAUGAGUGGUUUCAUAACCGUGAGUGAAUCGGUCUAGUGCAAUGCUCUGCUCUGCGCGGCACGUGAGGGUAACACGCAGCGCGCUUGAUACCAAAGUGAGACGUUCCUGCAGCCUUUUUCGGACGCUGACACGAUCUGAGCCUCACUUCUGAAGGCCGUGCGGUGUGCUCGGGCGCCCCGCUGAGUCAUCCAUCCCGAGAGGGCGUUGGAGCCGACCAGUCCAGCCGGCGAUAGCCGAGACGGGCGCCGUCUUGGUGGAGAGCGGGUGGACCGUGCACAGUGAUAAGCGUGGGUGGUGCUCCAGUGACGCGGCGGGUCGUUUGAUCACUGCUCCAGUGACGUCAUUAACCAGUACGAGACCGGACCGGGGACGAAUCGGCGGCGAGGUGCGGGAGAAGCGGUGUGUUAACAACUCAGAUAGCGCGGCCGGGCAGUGAGGAGAAAGCGGCGCGAUGGAAUCCGAUCAACGCCCGGCGGAACGGAGCGGAAUGGGGCUGGGUGUGAUGGAAUGUGAAUUACUCAGAGCCAGGGACACGACUCUGGUGGCAGUGGUGACGCAAUCAGUGACUCUGACUCGGGAAUAGGAAAUGAGUCGAUGACUCGCCAGAUUAGAAUAACGGAAUAGCGAUGAGAGAAGGCUGCUACGCAUGACAGGACGCCCAGGAAUGGAUAUGAUGUGACGCUGAAUAUUUCAGGUUGAAUGCCGUGACAGUAUACGCUAGCUAUAAUGUGACCUAACUGGCAUUUCGAUAGCAUAAACUUACCGUGACGAUUUUGUCGGCUUGCUUAGAUAUACACCGCUCAAUAUGAUGUAAGCUACGCAACUGACGAGUGUUAGUGGGCAUAACAUUGUUUAACGUAGGAUUAGCUUUGUGAUGUGUUCCGGAUUGAGCAUUGUCUGUCGCCGAUGUCACUCUGCCUUACAUGUGCGGGUAUGUUAGAUCUGCGUCUCAAAGUCUAUAGGAAGCCAUAUACGCACCGUUUCGGUCAUAUCAAAUCGUUAAUAGUUUUGAGGUGUGUCACUUAGAAUAGUCGUAUAGGUAGGUCACCAAUGCGCGUAGGUCACCAAGUCACAAGGCCACCUAUGCUGCCAUUUGCAGGGUUGUUAACAUGUUGAUUGUUACGUCUUGGCACGCAAAACGAACACGUUUAUAUCGGUCUGUGAUUGUAGACUUCCAUGAUGUACAUAAUUGGUCACCGUAAUUUGACUGGAUCCUAGAACCCAGAGAAAACCACAGAGGAAUGACAUGACGGGGAGCGGACGUGUGUGAGGAAUUCUGUGUAGUUUGAUGGAUGUUGUAGGGCUGAUUGCGGUUUAUGUCGUUUGCUGUUGUGGGAUAUGGCGUGGCUGAAUGGAGAGAGUUACGUGUUUGUGUUUCCGUUCUGGUGGAGCUCGCUAAACUUUGAUUCUGUCAGCGAAAAUGCGGUGUCAUAGCUAGUCUUUACCGUCUACCCUCGACUGUCUGAAUCUCGCUUGUCCGUGCCGGUGCCGUCAGUGAAGGGUCAGCGUCGUGCCUUCGACGUCACUCCUUGGGCUUCGCGCAGCACCCUCACUGACGUCACUAGAUCGUCGUUCUCAAAGCUGCACUUCUCAAUGUCGCUCGGCUCUCAAUGUACCGUCACUUCACUUGACGCUGUAUAUGCCUCUCAACUAUGGGCGAGGCUCUGUAUUUGGUUAGCUUGCCGUGUCUAACAGACCAGACAUGUGUUAGUGUUAUGGUUGGCGACUUGUUGUAAGCUGAUCAGCAGUGUUAUUCAGUUUCCUCGGGAGCGAAGUGUUUCCCGGUAACAAGCAUUAUCUCAGUUUGCGUGAAGUUAUAAGCCCGGCUGUAACGUGACGUGAUAGGCGAGCGAAGUUUAUGAGCCCAUGCAUAUCAGUUUAUAGAAGCGGCCCGCGUCAAGUGGACGGAGCUGUGUAAUGACUCGAGUGUUCAUGGCUCGUGUGUUCGAGUCACGACCGCUGGCUCGAGUUAUUGGGACGUUUGCUGCGUAUCGGCUAACAAAGUUUUAAUUUUUAACAAAGCCUGGGCUUAACUUGUGUCGUCUCGGGUGCGAGUUGAUUGUUCACAGCAAAGAGUGUUGUUUUAUCCGAUAACUGAAUGAAUAAAUUAUACUCAACCA